CCCAUUGCACAUACCUAAUAAAAAUAAUAACUAUGAGAACAAACUAAUUCAUUUGUUACUUUUUGUGUUGGUUUUUGAGUUUUCGACAAGAUUUAGAAGUUAGAAUGUCGGUUAGCGCAAGUGCAGAAAAUCUUUCGACUGAUGCACAGCAGAGUUGUGAUGGAGGCUCCAUGUGCCUUGAGUUGGCACUAGAGGGCGAGCGGCUUUGUAAGGCAGGCGACUGUCGAGCUGGGGUCGCGUUUUUUCAAGCAGCCAUACAAGCUGGCACGGAUGACCUGCGUACGCUCUCCGCCAUCUACAGUCAACUCGGAAAUGCCUACUUUUAUCUAGGAGACUACAACAAAGCUAUGCAGUACCACAAGCACGACUUAACUUUAGCUAGAACAAUGAACGACAAACUUGGCGAAGCCAAAGCCUCGGGUAACCUUGGUAACACUUUAAAAGUGAUGGGGAAAUUUGCUGAAGCAAUACAGUGUUGUAAGAGGCACUUGGAGAUAUCUCGCCAACUUGGCGACAAAUUAAGUGAAGGGCGUGCUUUGUACAACCUGGGCAACGUGUAUCAUGCUCAGGGCAAACAGCUGGGGAGAGUUGGCCAGAACGAUCCUGGACACUUCCCACAAGAAGUCAGAGAGUGCUUGAUGCAAGCAGUUGCUUAUUAUGAAGAGAAUCUCGAGCUAAUGCGAAGCCUUGGGGAUCGCCAAGCAAUGGGUCGAGCAUGCGGCAACCUGGGAAAUACUUGUUAUCUUUUGGGGGAUUUUGCUCGAGCUAUCCGCUAUCACACCGAACGACUGCAAAUAGCGCAGGAGUUUGGCGACAAAUCAGCUGAAAGACGCGCUAACAGCAACCUCGGGAACUCACACAUUUUCCUUGGACAGUUUGAGAAUGCCGCUGAACAUUAUAAACGCACAUUGGCAUUAGCUGAAGAGUUGGGUGACGCUGCAGUGGAAGCUCAAGCUUGCUACUCUCUCGGGAAUACUUACACAUUAUUACGGGAAUAUCGCAUCGCUGAGGAGUACCACGCAAGGCACCUGGCAGCGGCAAGAAAACUGCAGGAUCGUGUUGGGGAAGGCAGAGCCUGCUGGUCCUUGGGCAACGCCCACGCCGCUCUUGGCAAUCAUGAGAAAGCACUAUAUUUUGCCAGUGAACAUUACAAUAUUUCUAAAGAGUUGGGCGAUGUCCUCGGCAUGGCGACUGCCCAGAUGAACAUUAGUGACCUUCGUAAAGUGCUCGGCUGGCCUGUAGAGGCUGAUAGUCCACCGGCACCCGUUGUAGACACUGAUAUCGAUAAAAUUCCCGCCACGCCUUUCAAUGCACUGCGAGUGAGGCGGCAGAGCAUGGAACAACUGUCUUUAAUACAGAUUACGCCAGAUGCCAAAAAGAAAGAAGCUGAAGAAGCAGAGCCGAAGAAACCAGAGUUCACUAAAUCAGAAUCUGAAGAGAACCCUGAAUCCUUCUUUGACUUGCUAAGCAGAUGUCAGUCGGAGCGCAUGGAUGAGCAACGCGCAACUCUCAAUGCAAAUAAAGAAAAUAGGCCUAAGCCCAAAAUAGUCAACAAGUUACAGAGAUCUGCUAGUAGUGGAGCUAAAAACACCAGGUAUGGAAUGCGAGCUGAUAAAGCGUUGGAGCAGAGCCGGGUAGAAUUCUUAUGCAUUGAGGAGCUGCGAGCAUGCGAAGCAUUCUUGCAGGAUGUGAAUGCUGGCAGGGUGCAGGCUGAGGCAGCUAUUAUUUCUGCCAAAGCAGAUGAUCUGCAUGCUCAAUCCAUAGCUGCCAUUUGCAAAGCAAUUACCGAGUUGGUUGUGGCCCACAGUUAA